AUGGAGAGAGACCGUCGGCUGUUUGCCACUAAGACUGGAGGAGGGCCACCUCCAGCUAAUCCAGACAGUUUGGAAGAAAAGGUUCUACAGUUGAUUGGAGAGAUUACAGUUGCUGGUAUUUUGGGUGUAGAUACCUUCAGGGAAAACUUGUCUUCUUCUACCAGCAAUGUGCAAGAAGCUUCUUGUACAAAUGAUGGAGAUGCGCAUGCUUCAAGUACUGGUAAUUUGGCAGCAUCAGCACCAUCUGCUACACUUGCUAAUACAAAUAAAUAUCAAGAACUUCUUGAUAUUGAAAGAAAAAAGUGCAAAUUUCUAGAAGAAAUUCUCGACACACAAAAGCAGCAAAAUGAAAAUCUGGGGGCAAUUUCUAGGGAGUUGAAGAGACUAACUGAUAUUAUUGCAUACAAAAUCAAAGGUAAUUCAUCUAUAGGCUGUACCUCUGGACCGCAUACAGUACUAUCCAAGGAGGAAGAAACAAGAUUAGCGAAUUGGAUGAUUGAAAUGUCAAAAAUCGGAUAUGGUAGAAGUAAACAUGAAUUAUUAGAUACCGUACAGAAAAUUACUCAAUCUGAUGGCAGACGUACACCAUUCAAUAAUUGUAGACCUGGCAAAGAUUGGUAUUAUGGGUUUAUGAGGCGUCAUCCAGCUUUAUCACUCCGGUCUCCUCGUCAGCUUGGUAAGGAAAGAGCGGUGAUUAAGCCUGAACAUAUUGAAAAAUGUACAAGAAACAUGCUUGAAGGGUUUGAGGAAGCUGUUUUGGGAAGAUCAAUUAAUGGUUGGAUGGACAGUGAAUUGUUCGUAAGUUGGCUAAAAAUUGUAUUCAUACCAGAUAUAGAUAGCAGACAAGUGAAGAGACCAGUUGUUCUUUUUGUAGAUGGUCACACAACUCAUCUGACACUUGAAGCUUCAGAUAUUUGCAAAGAAAACGGCAUUGUUCUGUACUAUUUGCUAGAACAUGCUUCGCACUUAAUUCAACCAUGUGACCUACGUUUAUUUGGGCCUCUCAAGGAAUCCUGGAAGCUAUCGCUUUGGGAGUGGCAAAUAAACCAUGUAGGUCAAUAUGUAACAAAGUUUCACUUUGCAGCCAUCUUCAAAAAUGCUUGGAAAGGAGCUGCAAAGAUUGAGAAUGCUGUCAACGGGUUUAAAGAUGCAGGCCUUUUUCCUCUUGACAAGCAUGUUGUGCUAAAAACGGAUAAAUUUCAAGCAAGCAAAUUAUUUAGUAAGCCUGAAAUACAUAUGAACAACAUACCGCAAGAACUUCUUACUCAUAAUGCACCUCAGUGUAAAGCAAAAAGCCAAGUGUCACCAUCAGUAACAUGUGAGGUAGAACCACAUGAUUUAGAAACCCAGCCCACAAACCCUGAAGAGGAAAGAAACGCCGAAACUGUCUUAACUGCAGAAAAUGCAAAUGAUCAUUCACAGGAUAUCGCUGAUGCUGAAAUGCCUACAACUAGCGCGAAAACUGAUAUUAACGAAGUGCAGGCAUCAGCACAAAAAGUGGAAUCGCCUCUAUCAAAAAUAUUGAAAAUACCUGAAAUAAAAUAUAAAAGUUCUAAGUCAGUUAAAAGAGAAAUAUAACCAAAAGCUGUUACAGGUGAAGAAUUUAGAAAUAUUUUAAUUGAAACGAAACGAAAAAGAGAAGAGGCAGAGGAGGCUAAAAAGGAGCGAAAACUUGAAAGAGAACGCAAAAAGAUCGAGAAAUUGUUGGAAAAAAGAAAAAAGCAGAGGAACGACAACUCAAGGCUGAGCAGACUUCUUAAGAAAAAAGAGAAAGAAGAAGAAAAGGCCCGUAAGCUGAGAUUAAAGCAAGCACUGGCAUCUCAGACACAAAAACACCGGUCUGAGUCGGACAGCGAUGACACAGACUAUUCACUGAAAGAUCUGUGUGAUGAUAGCAAUGAUGAUGAUUAUAGUAAAUUUAGUGACAAUAAAUGUUACAAAUGCGAUGGUGUUGAUAUGAAAGAAGGGUGGAUAGGUUGUCAAAGGUGCUUGCAAUUUUUUCAUCGAGGAUGUACAGACAUUGAUUUCACUGAUAUGACCGAGGAAGAGGUGCAGGAAUAUCCAUUUGAGUGUUUGUUUUGUUGAAUGUCUUGAAUGUCCGCCUGGGCUCCUUGCCAUUGGUUUUUGUUGCUGGG